AUGCAGGGUCUCAGUUCCCGGGCUCACGCGUUUUCGGUUGAGGCGCUGGUCGGGAAACCCUGCAAGAGGAUGAAAGUGUCGGAGGGACACGAGUCAAGUUCAGCUGCAGACACCGGCAUCGAUACGAGCCUGGACAGACAUACUGUCAGAUCAAGGACCGAAGAGGCUGACCCCAGCGGGGAAGAGAACAAGUCGAAAGAGAACGAGUGCCGCCCGGACAGAGAGGUCCGAGUAGACUUGCAGGGCUCCGAGCUGUGGAAGAGAUUCUACGAGAUCGGUACCGAGAUGAUCAUCACCAAAGCUGGCAGGAGAAUGUUUCCCUCUGUGCGCGUCAAAGUCCGCAAUCUGGACCCGUGCCACCAGUAUUACAUCGCAAUGGACGUCAUGCCCGUGGACUCAAAGCGCUACAGGUAUGUGUACCACAGCUCGCAGUGGAUGGUGGCUGGAAACACGGACCACUCCUGCAUCUCUCCCAGGCUCUACGUGCACCCCGACUCGCCGUGCGCAGGAGAGACGUGGAUGCGUCAGGUCAUCAGCUUUGACCGCGUCAAACUCACCAACAACGAGAUGGACGACAAGGGACAUAUUAUCCUUCAGUCGAUGCAUAAAUACAAGCCACGUGUGCACAUCAUCCGGCACGACCCUCGGAUGGAUUUGUCACAGAUCCAGUCGCUGCCUGCUGAAGGAGUGCACAGCUUCUCCUUCCCAGAAACAGAGUUCACCACAGUCACAGCCUAUCAGAAUCAACAGAUCACGAAACUGAAGAUCGACAGGAACCCAUUCGCCAAGGGCUUCAGAGAUCCCGGAAGGAAUAGGGGAGUGUUGGAUGGCUUGUUGGAGUCAUAUCCCUGGAGAGGCCCUCUCAGCUUGGACUUCAAGCCAUUCACCAUACAGCUCCAAGGGAGCUCAGGGUCACCGACCAGCAGCGUGAAGAGCCUCCUCCCGCUCUCCUCUUCUUCAGCCCUUCAUCCGUUCUCCGUCUCUACGCUCUCCUUCCCGGACGCCACUCUCCACACCCUCGCUCUACCUCUCUAUGGCAAGGCCUCCACCGCCUCCACGCUGCCCAGCAGAGCCUUCUCCUCCCAUGGAGCAGACAGACUGAGAGGGCUGCCCCCGCUGUCCCCGCUAACAGACCUCCCGCUCCUCUCGGCAAAGAAACCUCCCCACUAUAGGGACCCGUGUCUUCACGGGUCUCCGGGGAGCUCCCCGUGCCUCUUCCCCCUCCACAGCCCCUUCAGCCCUCAGGGGCCUUCUCUCCUCCCUCAUCUCUCAGACACUGCGGGCCCCUACUGUCUUUACCGCUACAGCUUCCCCCUGAACCCCCAACUCACAGCUAUUUCCCGGCACGCCAAACUAGCCGAAGACACCACAGACUGUCUGCUGCGCCAGUCUCCGUGGCACCCAACCACCAACCACUGCCUCUGA